UUCCACCUAUCUUCUCUUAUCCCUUCUUUGUCUAUGGAUACACUUUCUCGUAUAUUUCGCGGGUAUUUCAAACCGUCUUGGCGAAGUUUGGUGGUUCGAAAAUAUGGCUGAAGGCGGAGAAAAAUUGAGAAGAUCGACUCGAAUAAAAACGGUCGUUAAGCCGGAGACUAGUGACGAUUUUACAGAAAAAACAAAUGUGAAACGUCGAUUGCCGAAACAGAGUCGCAAUGAUUCCAGCUCGGAUACGGAGUUUGUUACAGACCCGUUAACUCAAGAAUUGCAAAAAGAAUUGGAAGACAUCGAUGAAGAUGUACAAAAACCGAAAGAAUUAUUUACGGACAAUGACAUCAGUGGGCAACAGUUGUAUGGAUUUCAAACUCCUAGCAAAAAAGGUGCUAUGGUUCAGAAGGCAAAUUUAUGUCGCACACCUACGACACCGCAAGUUAUUACUCAAUUUGCCAAGUUAAGGGUCAUCGUUGAAAGAGCUACUGUUCCAAAUAUUAAAUUUGUAAAUAAAGGUGCAACUAGAUCUCAUAACAGGAGCUUUAAGGAAAGAAUGUCAAGUGAAAGCGAGAGUGUUUCCGAGGGAAGUGAGUUUGUGCCCUCAGACAGUCAUGAUGAAGAGAGCGAGGAAGCUGAUACAAGUAUAAAUCAAACUAUUGAUUCCUUAUUAGGUAGUAAUAGCGAUGAGGAUAAAGUAAAAAGUACAAGAAAACAAAUAAUACCAUCCAAGGAAAGUAAAUUGCCUUCAGAUAAUCGUAAUGAAGAGAGUGAGGAAGAUGAAACAAGUUUAAAUGAAUCGACUGAUUCCUCAUUGGGUAGAAAUAGUAAGGAAGAUAACAUAAAAACUAUAAGAAAACAAAGAGGUCCAUCAGUGAGUAAAGCACAAAUUCCAUCAACUCCUUCGGUAUCGCAGAGGAGGAUAAGAACUACUUAUAAAGAUUACCACUUGAAAACAGAUGACUAUUUUGCAUCCCAGUCUGAAAAAACUAUAACAUCGGAUCGAACCUUAGGAAGACUUGUGAAUCCUCGAUUAGAUGAACAAAAAUUACAGGAAUUAUUAUCAUCUCAAAAUCAUAUAACAGCACAGCAUAAACGCAGUAUUUGUUCUCUUUCUGAAAGUUAUAGAGCAUUAUUCUCAAUGUGGUCUUUUAUAAUGGAAGAAGGUUACAGUUUAUUACUUUAUGGAUUAGGAUCAAAAAGAAAUCUGAUUAAUGACUUUCACACUGAAGUGGUAUCUGAAUUUCCAACACUGAUUGUUAAUGGAUUUUUUCCAGGCUUAAGUAUAAAAGAUAUUCUUGAUGGAAUCAUAGUAGAUUUAUUAGAUAAAGACAGUCCAACAAACCCAAAUGAUGGCUUUGAUCUUAUAGAAAAAAUGCUGCAAGAAAAUCCAAUGGAUCGCCUUUAUUUAUUAAUUCACAAUAUUGAUGGUUUCAUAUUACGUGCUAACAAAAUUCAAGAUGUAUUAUCCCGUUUAGCUAGCAUACCCAAUUUACAUCUGAUGGCUUCUAUUGAUCAUAUUAAUGCACCACUUAUUUGGGAUAAUGUGAAGCGUUCACGAUAUAAUUUCUACUGGUGGGAUGUAACAACAUUUUUGCCUUAUGAAGCAGAAACAUCUUACGAAGGUUCUUUAUUGGUCCAACAAAAUGAAGUUCUUGCCUUAUCUUCUCUACGAAAUGUGUUCCUAUCAUUGACUUCAAAUGCUCGAGCCAUCUAUAUAAUUCUUGUAAAAUAUCAGUUAGAAAAUGGAUACAACAGCAAUUAUCCAGGUAUGGCAUUCAAACAUUUAUAUCAGGGAGCACGAGAAGCUUUCUUAGUAAGUUCGGAUAUGGCACUUAAGGCCCAAUUGACAGAAUUUCUUGAUCAUAAAUUGGUCCGGAACAAACGUAACAUGGAUGGUACUGAAUAUCUUAUAAUACCUUUAGAUAAAGCUGUACUAAAACAGUUCCUAGAACAACACGACGAAUCGUAAUUCUAGAGUGCCCUUUUAAGGCAAUUUUAUUAAAUUGCCUUUAAUUGAUAUAAAUAAAUCUAUUUCUUUUGUAUGAAUCUUUAUAUUUUUUUACACGA